AUGUUCCCAUCUGACACGAGCACGGAGAUGGCUUUUCAGAGGAGCCGAUUAUUCUUUCUUGUCUUCAUCAUGUUGCUUCUGGUUAGCGUCGCUUCUCUCUUCGUGUCACUGAACGCUCAGGAAUUAUUAGAGUGUGCCACAACAACAUCUUGUCCAUGUGGAAGUGUGAUUGUUCUUGCUGGGGAAUGUGUCUGUCCUGAUUGUCCAGCUCCCAUUCACCCACAUCAUCCAAUGGAAACAGUUCCUCCACUCUAUCAUCAGCACAAUGACAGCAAUGAAUUGGAGACCAGCCAGACCACAAAAUCACAUUCACGGUCAGCUCGCUCCUCUCACGAGAAGAUUCAUCCUGAUAUGAUCGAACAAGAGAACAAUCACAAAACAUGUCCACACUUCUAUCAAGAACCAAAGUCACAACAAGAUUGUCAAUAUCAUUGUAAAUUUGGAGGAGUUUUUAAAUAUUCCCACAAAUUGAAUUCGCUCUGUAACGAAUGUGAGUGUUAUUGUGGACCAAAUCAAAUGACUUAUCAACAAGAACCUGUGAAGAAUUGUGACAAGAUUUGCCCAAAUGAAUAUAUUUUGGACAUUGAACGAGCAAAGAAUGGUUGCCAAUCGAAAUGUAUCUGCUCAAAGAAUAUAGUUUAUGACUAUUUUCUUCAAGAGAAACAACAGUUCAAUUCAGGGUCAUUCCGAGAAAAUAAGAAGCUCUAUCAUAGGAUUUGUCUCUUCUUAGAGAAACACGCCAAGAAUUCUCCCUACAGUUUAACUCGAAAGUCUUGUAAUGAAGAAUGUGGAAAGAAUGGAGGCUCUCUCAUUCCCUAUCAAGUCGUGACAACAAAUUCUGAAACUGGACAAACUGAGAAACAUUAUUGUUCCAAUCAAGCCACAUUUUGUAAAUGUCAUUCGAGUGAAUCCAAAGAAUCUACUAUGGACCUUAUUUCACACACUGAAGAUAUCCAGACAGAUUCAUCUUUCACAAGCUCACAAUGUCAACACGAAUGUGGUGGCUACCCAAAUGUGGAUUACGUUGAAAACAUAUUUCAGAGCGGAGAGAUCACCAACGAGGACUCCAUUCGAACAUCAUCUCCCCAUAAGAAAUAUCAUUGCCAUUGCAAAUAG